AUGGCUUCAUUCAUGGACAGCGGCAACCUCUGCCCCCGUCCAGCGCACACCCAAUGGGAGGUUACUGACCGACUGGGUCGGGGGAGCCUUUGGUUCGCCUGUAGGUCAGGCGAUGUGGACUUAGUCCGAAAUUUUCUGUCCCAGGGUGCCUCCUUGGAACAGGCUGACCUCUUGGGCUGGAGGCCAAUUCACUUGGCGAGCUACGGGGGAUCUCUGGAGGUUGUGGAGCUUCUCGUUGCUGGGCGCUGUGAGCUGAAUGCCUGCACGAAAGCCGGGCAGACACCCCGCUGGCUUGCACACUCGCAUGUGCUUUCGCAGGAUGGAGAGAACACGUCCGGCCAACACCUGGAGAUCGCUGAAGUCCUGGCAAACGCCGGUGGAUCUCUGGAGCUCGAACCUGCUGAUGGCCUGCUGCAACCAAAGACACAAUCCAAUGGCAAGGGUGAGUUGCGGCUGUGUGCCGAAGACGGCAAGACCUACACGCUGGAGGCUCUCAUUCGUACCUUCUCGGUUGAGAUGUGCCUCUUUACGCCCAAGGAGUGUGAAGACUAUUUCUACCGGGCCAACCGGGUCUCGGGUGAGAGUGCUGUCGCCCUGGCAAACAAGGCUGCUAGGAUCCUGGAGAAAGGCUUGGCAAGUCGGAAAGACUGGGCACAGGCCGUGCUAGGAGUAGUGGACGGGUACAUCUACAUGAAGAAGCGCAAGGACUUCGGCCGAUACUGCAACUUCGAUACUGUCGAGGCCAAAAUCCUGGGACAAGUGGAUCAGCAGCCACAGUGUGGAGACAUGUACGUAGAGCAGACCAUCAUCAAUGCAGUCUUCCACAACAUCCCAGAGUUCUCUGAGCACUCUGUCAACACAGCCAGAGUCAAGACUUUUGCGCGUGUCAUGACGCACGUGGAAGGUGGCUGGCCGAAGGAGAUUGACUACAGCGAGGCUCAAGACACCCUGAAGUAUCGCAAGCGAUUGGAAAAGGACCCAGCCUACAUUAGUGCAGUGAGACAGCUCACUAAACAGACUGUCCCAUGCCUCGAGAUGAACAACACCAUCGACCUCUUUCAGAUCUAUUUUCAGGAUGAGGAGCCGGACCACAUGCCAGAGAUCCUCAACCUCAAGACCAUCGCGCUUUUCAAGGAUCCCUCGGAUGAAGCGCGGAGUGUCACCAAAAUCGGCUGGCAUCCGGAAGGUCCCACGAAGCUGGUUGGCUCGUACUCGAACCUCCGAUUCCAGCGUAUGUCUGAAGACAUGCCAAUGGCAUCCUUCAUCUGGGACAUCUCGGAACGAAACGUUCCAUUGAUGGAGCUGCGAGCCACCUCACCGCUUAUUUGCUGCCAGUACAAUCAGAAGAAUGCGGACUGGCUCCUGGGUGGCAGCUACAACGGCUUAAUCAAUCACUAUGACUUGCGAAAAGGGCCCUCGCCGUGCAUGAAGUCUUCGGUUGAGGUAGGCCAUUACGAUCCCGUCUACGACGUGGUCUGGCUGCAGAGCAAGACAGGUACCGAGUGUGCUUCAGUCUCCUCGGACGGUCGGCUCCUCUUCUGGGACGUGCGGAAGCUAAGCGAGGUGCAGGAUGAGUGCGUGCUCACGGAUGGCAACAAGGAUCAUCCGAAAACCCUAGGUGGCGUCUCCUUGGAGUGGAUGCAGGAAGCAGGGCCAACGAAGUUCCUGGUUGGCUCUGAGCACGGCAUCAUUCUUUCCUGCACCAAGCGGCCGAAGAAGCAGGUUGAGAUCGGCACUUGGUUCGGAUCCGAGGACCGUGGCGGCUAUGGCAAGCACUUUGGUCCUGUGUACGCU